UAUUUCCAUAAAGAAAGGCAGUGUUCUCAGUUUAUGGCCAGCAUUUAAUUAGAUGUGUCACAUAAAAGCAACAGCACGUGGCCGUUCCAGGGGAGGUCACCUAAAUCUUUGAAACACACACAAAAUAUCCAUUUCGAAGAUCUUCUUGGAUUGUUUAAUGCUUAUAAACACAGACAUGUUAAAAACCACACACACACACACACACACACACACACACACACCAUGUUCCUGGUUGAAUAUUGAGGGUUCUAACCCACGCCGGCCAUUCUCUGCCUGUCUUUCAGAUCCGUUCUCUGCUCAUUUCCGCCUGCUCUGCGCCCCCAAGAGACUGGCCCACACGGAGGCAUCACGAGGCUCCCAGGAGAUGACCAUCAAUGACCCCACUGUGAAACUGCUGAGCUGGCUGAUCUCUGCGUCACUUAAUCGGCCCCUAAAUGCCAGCAGUUUGACUCCAUCACUUCCAGUGCUCACCAUGACUCUGCAAGGAGCGCGCUGGAACCAUGCUGCUUCUCUGGGAGGAAGAAGCCAAGCCGGAAAGUGCAUGUUGGGAGCCUGUCGUGAUUUCCAGAGACGUCUGCAUGGCCUUCGAGAUCAGGGAACAGUCGGGACUACAGUAUGGAGGUCUGCCUGCCUGCUGACCUGUGACCUCCCAGGAAGAGCUGAGGCCCCAGACCAGAUGACGGCAGCGGGAAUGGAGAGUGCCAUCACAGAGGCUCAGUGUGGUGGGCAUGGCACAUCAGCCACUGGACGUCAAGCUGCUCACCAGGAGGAGAAGGGAAUGGCAGGAAGAAUGGAUGCCGAUGGCACGCACACUGAGGAAGCUGCUCAAGCGCCCCAAAUACUGCUGCCAGGCUCAGUGGGAGCACCGUGUGACCACAGCAGUUUGCAGGCUCCGUGGAUGCUGGUGGUCACAGCAGUGGGAAGGAAGAAGGGGCACUGACCCACCGUCUCCAUCCGGGAGAGGGGGUGGUGGCGGCAGCUUGUCUGCUCUCGGAGAAAGGGGUGCAUAGCCGCCACACGCGCUGCUGCCAGACUCCCCCUGGCUGCUCUCCAUGGCAUGCACGAAAUCACAGCCCAGCCCAGCAGUAAAGCUCCCAGUCACAGCCAUGAGGGCGGCAGCAUGGACUCUGCCACCUCCCAACGACAGAGCCCAUGCUCCAGAGAAACGGUGUGAAGCCUUUGAGACAAACCUGAUUACAGCGGAGACCCCCGUCCGUCUUCGCCAACCAGCAGUUGGUCCCCUGGAGAAGAGUGUUAGCACAAGCACCACAGCCACCGUCCCCCGUGUGGACUCCCGGCCGGGCUGAGCACUGUCACAGGGAAGCUACUCAGAUGCCACCGGAAGCCCUGGCAUCCUGGACAGCAGGCAAGUGAUGGCUCUGGCUGAUUCGGCAGCCCCGGGGAGGGUGGCGGGCAAGCGGGGUGCCCGAGCCAGACCGCGUGUGAGUGCAUACCUGGCGGCCCAGGCCAGGCCUCUGUUUUGUGGAGGGUAAAGUUGAACCCCGCAUCUCCUCCCAUCCCACACCAACGAGCAUGGAAAUCUCAGUUUCAGAGCUGGAUGCACUGGCGGUCCAGCCGGGGGUUUGUCCAGCUGUCCACCUUACUCUGCGCCUCUGAGAUGUCGGGCCUUUUACACACAUAGCUGAUACACUUAACCCUCAAGAUACCGGUUUCUAAAAGUGAAUUUUCGCCCAUGAAAACUUGCCCCAAACUGCAUGGUCCUUUUCCGGUAUUUCCCUUCCGGAAUCCCUGAUCUCUCCACCAGGUUUGGCCAAGCCCAGCUCCCCCCCCACACACACAGCUUGCCCACCGCCACCCAGAGCGCAGCGGAGAGGGCCCGGCGGCCCGCAGUGCUCCUAAGCCGAGGGGACUUGGGUGGAUUCCCACCCAGCC